UGGGCACUCAGCAGAACGCAAAAUCCGGACUGGGGGGUCACACAAAAAGCCACAACUCUGACCUGAGGAAGCCUUUUCCCAGAGGAAGCUUGGAGUUAGAGGAAUUUCUUUCCUGUUUGGAGUGCCAAACCAAAGAAACAGUCUGUGACCUUGGUCAAGUCAUUCCAACCUUUGUGGGCCUCAGUUGCCAACUCUGUAAAAGAAAGUGGUUGUACUAAAUGACCAACUUUGAAAUGAUGACCCAGCUCUAAAUCUAUAAUCUCCUGAUCCAAAUCGCAUUUUGAAGUGUUCAAGAGUGAAGAAACUCAUUAUCCAGAGGAUGACUGUCACUUACUCCAGUAAGGUAGCAAAUGCUACUUUUUUUGGAUUUCAUAGGUUACUUCUCAAGUGGAGAGGCAGCAUCUACAAACUGCUGUACAGGGAAUUUAUUGCCUUUGCUAUUCUUUACACGGCAAUAAGUAUGAUGUACAGAUUGUUACUUACAGGAGCCCAAAAACGUUACUUUGAAAAAUUAUCAAUUUACUGUGACAGAUAUGCUGAACAAAUUCCAGUAACCUUUGUGCUUGGGUUUUAUGUCACUCUGGUGGUAAACCGGUGGUGGAACCAGUUUGUUAAUCUGCCCUGGCCAGACAGACUGAUGUUCCUGAUUUCCAGCAGCGUUCACGGAAGAGAUGAAUAUGGGCGUUUACUCAGAAGAACACUCAUGCGCUAUGUCAAUUUAACUUCCUUGCUCAUCUUCCGCUCUGUGAGCACAGCUGUGUUCAAAAGAUUUCCAACAAUAGACCAUGUCGUAGAAGCAGGUUUUAUGACACCAGAUGAAAGAAAAUUAUUUGAUCACCUUAAGUCUCCCCAUCUGAAAUACUGGGUUCCAUUCAUCUGGUUUGGAAAUCUGGCAUCUAAAGCCCGAAAAGAGGGAAGAAUCAGAGACAGUGUUGAUCUACAAUCAUUAAUGACUGAGAUGAAUCGGUAUCGAUCUUGGUGCAGCCUCUUGUUUGGCUAUGACUGGGUUGGAAUUCCGCUCGUCUACACCCAGGUUGUCACUCUUGCAGUUUAUACCUUCUUCUUUGCAUGCUUGAUUGGACGUCAAUUUUUGGAUCCCACCAAAGGCUAUGCAGGUCAUGACUUAGAUCUCUACAUUCCAAUUUUUACCCUCUUGCAGUUCUUCUUCUAUGCGGGAUGGCUCAAGGUGGCAGAGCAACUGAUCAACCCAUUUGGUGAAGAUGACGAUGAUUUUGAAACUAACUGGUGUAUAGAUAGAAAUUUACAGGUGUCCCUUUUGGCUGUGGAUGAAAUGCACAUGAGUCUACCCAAGAUGAAGAAGGAUAUUUACUGGGAUGAUUCAGCUGCACAACCCCCCUACACACUGGCAGCUGCUGACUACUGCAUUCCCUCCUUCCUGGGAUCAACUAUUCAGAUGGGGCUGUCUGGGUCCGACUUCAUUGGUGGGGAAGAAUGGUUAUGGGAUGAUGAGAAACAUGGGCCGAGACGCUCCGUGAUAAGGAGAGUGAAACGUUUCCUGAGUGUCCAUGAACACCCCACGAGCCCGGUGAGGCGGAAUUACGGGAGGCAGAGCAGCGACAGCUCCAUGUUCUUCCCAACAAGCGACCUCAGCCACAUCAGCGGCCUGCUGGAUAUACCCCCCAGAAACCGCCACCGGCCGCCUCGAACCAAGAAGAAACCGGAUCCGGGGGGAAGUAGCCCCAAGCUUCACGCUAGCAUGGGAGACCUGUCUGUGAUCAGAGAAACCAGCCGGACUAGCACUUUAAUGAGCCUGACCCCACAGUCCAGUGUCAGUGCCUCACCCACAAAAGCAACCCUUCAGAUCCCAGAAGUGCUGAUCACUUCUCCGGAUGUUUCAACGCCCACGUCGCUGGACAGCUACCAGCCAAGCCCCGAGCCAAGCCCCGAGCCGUCCACCUCAGACUCUUUGCUUUCAGGAGCUCAGCCCAUUGGAACUGAACAGCCGGCCAGCCCUGAUCAUUCCAACCUGCCCCCUUCACAAACUACGCAGACCAUUUCGCCAGAAGCUGAAGCCCAGAUUCUUGAGUUUGCUUUUGAGAACAGCGCUGAGGACAAGUACCCGAAAAGGUGGAGCCUACCAGGGUUUCUGGAGUCCAGUCAGGCCUCCCUCUCAGGACUGAGUUCAGAUCCUGUUGUCCCUGAAACUAUUCUUUUAAUAGAUACAGAAACAUCUUCGCAGUCCAGUGGAAUUAACUUCGUGGCUGCUCCUCAGACUCCUCCAGAUGUUCAUUAUUUAUUAGAACACGUGGACACCAAAGAAACAGAUAUCACAGACUUCAAUAAUGAGCAACCCGAAGCAUUUCCGAAAGGACCGUCAAAAAGUUCUGGGAUCUGGUUCUAGCUUAAGACCCUUGGACAGUGUCCCCUACCCCUGAGGAGCUCACUUGGGCCAACCUACAGAUCCUUCAAAAAUUGAGAAUCAUCAAAAUCAUGGUGUUCUAUGAUCUAUUAAAAUUUUGGGAGGAGGGGACAUAGUGAAUCAGAUUUCCUGAAGAAGAAGAAGAAAAAAAGACACCAAUCAAGAGCCAAUUUAUUACUUCCCUACUAUGUAUCAGGCACUCUUCUUAGGUGCUGGGGAUGUCAGUAUUCUUAGUAAAACAAAUAUUUAUCACAGAGUUGUUUCCCAUGAAAGUUACCCAGGCUUCAGUAUC